AACUCAUCUGGUUCUGCAGCUCCUCCUCUCUGCAGAGCAAAGUGAGAUCUCCAUUCAAACACAUCCAAAAACUCCGCAGGAUGAGACUAAAUUCUCUGUUAUUCCGCCGCUGAUCAUCACUUCGCUCCAUCGAAAGGAAAGUGACAGUGGAAACUGAAUCGAUUUCAAUCGUUUAAGAGAAGUAAAUAGCUAAAUAAAGUGGAUAAGAAUUUCCGCUCCGUGAUACCGACUGGUGGUUGCUAGCAGGCUACUCCAACAGACUGCAAACAUGGCGAGCGCCUCGUACCAUAUCUCUAAUCUAUUGGAAAAAAUGACAUCAAGCGACAAGGAUUUCAGAUUCAUGGCCACCAACGACCUGAUGUCGGAGCUGCAGAAAGACUCCAUCAAGCUGGACGAUGACAGUGAACGCAAGGUGGUCAAGAUGAUCCUCAAGCUACUGGAAGACAAAAACGGAGAGGUCCAGAAUCUGGCUGUCAAAUGCCUGGGCCCGUUGGUCAGUAAGGUGAAGGAGUACCAGGUGGAGACUAUAGUGGACACACUGUGCACCAACAUGCUGGCAGACAAGGAGCAGCUCCGAGACAUCUCCAGCAUCGGACUGAAGACGGUCAUAGGAGAACUGCCCCCUGCGUCCAGCGGCUCGGCCCUGGCUGCCAGUGUGUGUAAAAAGAUCACAGGCCGUCUGACCAGUGCCAUCGCCAAGCAGGAGGAUGUGUCAGUUCAGCUGGAGGCUCUGGACAUCAUGGCUGACAUGCUCUGCAGACAGGGGGGUCUCCUGGUGAACUUUCACCCCUCCAUCCUGUCCUGCCUGCUUCCUCAGCUGACCAGCCCCCGCCUGGCGGUGAGGAAGAGGACCAUCAUCGCUCUGGGUCACCUGGUCAUGUCCUGUGGGAACCUGGUGUUUGUGGACCUGAUUGAACACCUGCUGUCAGAGUUGUCUCGUAACGACUCCAUGUCCACCACCCGUACCUACAUCCAGUGUAUCGCAGCCAUCAGCAGACAGGCCGGACACAGGAUCGGUGAGUACUUGGAGAAGAUCAUUCCUCUGGUGGUGAAGUUCUGUAACAUAGACGACGAUGAGCUGAGAGAAUACUGCAUCCAGGCCUUCGAGUCCUUCGUCAGGAGGUGUCCAAAGGAGGUUUAUCCACAUGUGGGCACUGUCAUCAGCAUCUGUCUGAAGUAUUUGACCUACGACCCCAACUAUAACUACGAUGACGAGGAUGAAGAUGAGAAUGCCAUGGAUGCUGACGGAGCAGACGAAGACUAUCAAGGAAGUGAUGACGAGUACAGCGACGACGACGACAUGAGCUGGAAGGUUCGCCGUGCGGCCGCCAAGUGUCUGGACGCCGUGGUCAGCACACGCCACGAGAUGCUGCCUGAGUUCUACCGUACCGUGUCGCCCGCGCUCAUCGCCCGCUUCAAGGAGCGGGAGGAGAACGUGAAGGCUGACGUGUUCCAUGCCUACCUGUCGUUGCUAAAGCAGACGCGUCCUGCUCAGAGCUGGCUGUGUGAUCCAGAUGCCAUGGAACAGGGAGAGACUCCACUCACCAUGCUGCAGAACCAGGUGCCAAUGAUCGUUAAGGCCCUGCAUAAGCAGAUGAAGGAGAAAAGUGUCAAGACACGACAGUGCUGCUUCAACAUGCUGACGGAGCUGGUCAACGUGCUGCCUGGAGCCCUCACACAACAUAUCCCUGUCCUCGUACCAGGAAUCAUCUUCUCUCUCAACGACAAGUCCAGCUCGUCCAACCUGAAGAUCGAUGCCCUGUCCUGUCUGUAUGUGGUCCUGUGUAACCACCAGCCCCAAGUCUUCCACCCUCAUGUCCAGGCCCUGGUGCCGCCCGUGGUGGCGUGUGUCGGAGACCCCUUCUAUAAGAUCACCUCUGAGGCCCUGCUGGUCAGCCAACAGCUGGUCAAGGUCAUCAGACCUCUGGACCAGCCGGAGAGGGACACCUUCGAUGCUUCUCCCUACAUCACUGACCUCUUCACCUGCACCAUCAAACGCCUCAAGGCUGCCGACAUCGACCAGGAAGUGAAAGAGAGGGCCAUUUCCUGUAUGGGUCAGAUCAUCUGUAACCUAGGAGACAGCCUGGGGGACGACCUCCCUGGGACGCUGCACAUCUUCCUGGAGCGACUGAAGAAUGAGAUUACCAGACUGACGACGGUCAAGGCCCUCACGCUCAUCGCAGGCUCCACGUUGAAGAUCGACCUUCGACCUAUCCUGGACGAGGCGGUGCCCAUCCUGGCGUCGUUCUUGCGUAAGAACCAGCGGGCACUGAAACUGAGCACCCUGGCCGCGUUGGACAUCCUGGUGAAGAACUACAGCGACGGCGUGACUCCGGCCAUGAUCGACGCGGUGCUGGCCGAGCUGCCUCCGCUGAUCAGCGAGAGCGACAUGCACGUGUCCCAGAUGGUCAUCAGCUUCCUGACCACCCUGGCCCGGGUCCACCCUCUCUCCCUGGCUAAGAUCGGGGGGUCGUCCAUCCUCUCGGAGCUCAUCUCUCUGGUCAGGUCUCCUCUGCUGCAGGGAGGGGCCCUCAGUGCCAUGCUAGAGUUCUUCCAGGCUCUGGUGGGUACCGGGACAUCCUCUCUGGGUUACAUGGACCUGCUCCGUAUGCUGACCGGUCCAGUCUACGCCCAGAGUGCUGCUCUAACACACAAACAGUCCUACUACUCUAUCGCUAAAUGUGUGGCCGCCCUGACCCGCGCCUGUCCUGAUGAGGGUCCUGCCGUAGUAGGCCAGUUCAUCCAGGAUGUGAAGAACUCUCGGUCGACAGACUCCAUCAGGCUGCUGGCUCUGCUGUCACUGGGAGAGGUGGGACACCACGUAGACCUGAGCGGCCAACCAGAGCUCAAGACGGUCAUCCUGGACGCCUUCUCUUCCUCCUCCGAAGAGGUCAAGUCUGCCGCAUCCUACGCCCUGGGAUCCAUCGCCGUGGGCAACCUGCCGGAAUACCUGCCCUUCGUUCGGGAGAUCUCGGGACAGCCCAAGAGGCAGUAUCUGCUGCUCCACUCGCUCAAAGAGAUCAUCAGCUCGGCGUCUGUGACGGGUCUGAAACCUUACGUCGAGGGCGUAUGGACCCUGCUGUUGAAGCACUGUGAGUGUGCCGAGGAGGGCACCAGGAACGUGGUAGCAGAAUGUCUGGGGAAACUCACCCUCAUAGACCCAGAAACCCUGCUGCCCAGACUUAAAGGAUACCUGCUCUCAGGAUCAUCUUAUGCCAGAAGUUCAGUCGUGACAGCGGUGAAGUUCACCAUCUCAGACCACCCACAGACAAUAGACCCUCUCCUGAAAAACUGCAUAGGUGACUUCUUGAAGACGUUGGAGGACCCGGACCUGAACGUGCGGCGGGUUGCCCUGGUAACCUUUAACUCCGCAGCCCAUAAUAAGCCCUCUCUCAUCAGAGACCUACUGGAUACGGUCCUGCCACACCUCUACAACGAGACUAAAGUCCGCAAGGAACUCAUCAGAGAGGUUGAGAUGGGUCCCUUUAAACACACCGUGGACGAUGGUCUGGACAUAAGGAAGGCAGCGUUUGAGUGCAUGUACACACUCCUGGACAGCUGUCUGGACAGACUAGACAUCUUUGAGUUCCUCAACCACGUAGAAGACGGACUCAAGGACCAUUACGACAUCAAGAUGCUGACAUUCCUGAUGCUGGCGAGACUCUCCACUCUGUGUCCCAGUGCUGUGCUACAGAGGCUGGACAGACUGGUUGAGCCGCUACGUGCCACCUGCACCACCAAGGUGAAGGCCAACUCGGUGAAGCAGGAGUUUGAGAAGCAGGAUGAGUUGAAGCGUUCAGCCAUGCGGGCGGUGGUCGCCCUCCUCACCAUCCCCGAGGCGGAGAAGAGUCCCCUGAUGAGCGAGUUCCAGUCCCAGAUCUCCUCCAACCCCGAGCUGGCUGCCAUCUUUGAAAACAUCCAGAGAGACUCGUCCUCUGCUAACAUGGAGUCCAUGGACACCAGCUAAACUAUGACUCUCCCACAAUUCCCCUCUUCUUCCUUUCAUUCCCAAAACAUGAUGCCGCAACAGCAACAAAAAAAUACCUGGGAGGGGGGGGACCCUUUUAUCAAUCGUUCCAUGAUGCAUUGCACUGAAUCAGCAACAGUUAUAGGAGAAAAGAAAAAAUAAUUGAACUUUAAAACAACAAAAUGUAAAACAAAAAAUACAAGUUAAAGAAAGUUUCUCUUUAAAGCUUUUAAGCUCAUCACCACAUUUCUCAUUUCUAAAAAACAAAACAAACAGAAAAACACGAAAUAAAUCAGUUUUUGGUUUGUUCCAUCGUUCCUCUUUUUGUUGUUGUUUUGUUUUGGGUUUUCUAAUAAUUCCUGAAUUCCACAGGUACCUCCAUGCAGAUUUUGGAUGCUGCUGCAGAGUGACAGUUUAAUGCUGAGAUGAUGACAUAUGAACUGACUUAAAUGGAAACGGACUGACUGCCUCCAGCUUAACUCUACGAACGAUGGGAUAUAUAUAUAUAUAUAUAUACACACGGCUCCUAACAUACAAGACAGGAGACUUGACUAAACACGGGAUCUACAGGGGUUAAAUCAAUAAAAUGACAGCAUAUUGAGUUCUUAUGGUUUCUGGACCGUCACUUGUUUUGAGUUUUUGUUUACCAUGGUUCUUACCGGAUCAGAUUGUGUUGAAUUGAAUGGGGGGAGGGUUUAUUUUGUUUUUGUUUUUGCAAGAAUUGAAUGUCAUUAUCUGUGUUUUAUUUGUCUUGUCGGCUGUUGGUUAGAACAAAGCUUGGUUGGUGGGGGGGGGGAUUAUCACAAUCAGAAGAGCUGAUGUUUAAAUUGUGUUCAGAAAUCUACUAUUAAAGAGGUGCGGGAGACAUGGUCAGGACAGGGUGUUCUGUUGAAUAAGUGGAUAAAUAUUUAGAAAUAUUUUUUUUGCCCUCCAUUUUUAUUUUGUACAUGUCUCUUGCGUCGACUGGUGGUUGGUUGAGCAGAGGUCAUUUGACCUUUGACCCCAACAACCCGAUAAGGGAAGGAGCGUGUCUUCGACCAGGCAGCACCGUACCUCGGGUGAAGGCCCAGCAUUAGGAACACGCCUCUCUGUAUGUGGACAGAAGUACAUUUUGUGAAUAAAAAGCGUGAACUGAUUUCUUAGA